AUGGCCAUACUGCCCUUCACCCAGCCCCGUUACCUCCUGCCCCUCUUCCUGGGGUUUUUCCAGGGCGCCCUGCUCCUCUUCUUUGCUCUCUUCGUCACCUUUGAUGAGCCCUCAGCGCAGGCAGAGGAUGCCAACUUGGUGGCCUACCAGAUCUACAGCACCUUUCCCUUCUUCCAGGACAUCCAGGUGAUGCUGGUGGUGGGGUUGGGGCUCCUGCUGACCUUCCUGCCCCGCUACGGGCUCAGCGCCCUCACCCACAACUUCCUCCUGCUCAACUUCUCCAUGCAAUGGGCGCUAGUGCUGCAGGGUUUGAUCCACCACUUCCACCACGGCCAGGUCCACCUGGAUCUCCACAAACUCCUCAUCUCUGAGUUCGCUGCCGUGACUGUGCUCAUCUCCGUGGGGGCCAUCCUGGGGAGGAGCAGCCCCUGCCAGCUGCUCGCCGUGGCCACCUGUGAGGUCCCCGCCUACCUUGCCAGUGAGUGGGUCAUUGUCAACUGUCUGGGCGUCCUGGAUGUGGGUGGCACCAUCACGAUCCACGUCUUCUCCUGCUACUUCGGCCUCGGCGUGUCCAAGGCUCUGUUCUGGGCAGGGCAGAAGCCACUGCACCCCAAGGAGACCCCAACGCCCCGCUCCGACCUCAUGUCCCUGGUGGGGAUGCUCAUCCUCUGGGUUUUCUGGCCCAGCUUUGUGGCUGUCCUCUGCCAACCAGGCGAUUCCCAGCACCGUGCCAUCCUGAACACCCUCCUGGCCAUGAGUGCUGGCGCCAUAACCACCGUGGUGGCCUCCAGCCUGCUGGAGAGGGAUGGCAAGCUCAGCCCCAGCCACCUGCAGAAUGGCAGCCUGGCCGGCGGGGUGGCCAUCGGCGCGGUGGCCAACAUGGCCAUGCCACCGGUGGCUGCUCUUGCCCUGGGCAGCCUCUCAGCUGUGACAUGUGUCCUCGGCUUCAGGUUCCUCACCCCACUCCUGGGAAGGAAGCUCGCGCUCCAGGACCAGUGUGGCAUCCACAACCUCCACGGCUUGCCCGGCAUCCUCGGUGCUGCAGCCAGCGCCGUGGCCAUCCUGGUGGCACCCAAGGACACCUCCAGGUCCUACGUCUCCCAGCUGUCCCCCUCUGGGGGCAAUGCCAGUGAGGUGGUGGGAGAACAGCAGGGGGACGGUGGGGUGAGCAGACAGGCGCUGUGCCAGGCAGCAGGGCUGGCGGUGGCCAUCGGGGCCUCACUUGUCGCUGGGCUGCUCACCGGUGCCACGCUCCGGCUGCCCUGCCUGGCCCGGCCACCCGAGCGGCUCUGCUUCGAUGACUCACUGUAUUUUAAGUUCCAGGAUCAGGAUGAGAGCCUGGGCGCAGGCAGCACGACUGAGGAAGGAGCCCUGGCUCUGAAGGAGCAUGUUUAG